AAGUAUUUCAUAGGCUAUAUAGUACGUUCGUUUGUAUAAUUUAUACCUCUGUGCCUGAAAGGAAAGUAACCUAUACCUCCUUAAUUUAGAUAGUAGUUUACCAAUACAUUUAAUUGGGAAGCAAUUUGUAACAAUAUGCGUUUCUUGUAUUUGUUACCCACGUCUGUCCGCUGAAUAACUUUAUUGGGAAACAUUGCAAAUGAAAUACUGGCAUAAUUCGUGUUUCUAGUUGUCUUUCUAUUAGAACAGUUCAGUAGUUCCCGAAACAAAAACAAGACUUAUUGUUCACUAUGUGUUGUUCAACUGACAGCAAUAGUAGACUGCAUCUUGUUACAAUCGUAACAAAAACGUGAGCCAUGUUAGCUACAUUAAAUGAGACAUCUUUUAAACAUACCCAAGAAGCCAGCAGAACGGUGAGAGACCGUUAACAGUGAACAUCAGAAUCCUUUGCAUCUAGCUACCUCAGUUAAUUUUGAAAAGUUGUUUUGAAGGUAAGAAUGUUGCAUUGAGUGACAUUGAUGGAUCUUUCUGUGCCGUACCUAAAUUUAAUAUGAGUAAAAUAUAAACAAUUCAAUUUCUUGUACCGUAAGAAAUCUUUGUCAUGGUCAUUCAAGUUUUGCGGCUAUGGCUACGGCACCCGGGGAGGCACAACCCUUAUCUUCAAACAAAAGCGCGAAACGCUUUCACCUCUCCAGUCAAUCUGCGCGGAUCGCUACUCAGUGCAGCCUCAUCUGGGAGAACGCCGGAGAUACAACAGUGCAUUAGAGAAGAAACGGUGAGGCUAAAUAGACGGACUGAGAGGCGAAGACGUGUGACAGUAAUUCGUUGCUUAUUUUAAUCUUAAACCCAAAUGCAUCAUUCCGCGCUUGGAUGAACCGCUACUUCUCUAUUAGCAAGUGUAACACCUGGAUCCACUGACCAUCUCGGAGCAGGCAUGUCCCGCAGGAAACAGAGUAACCCAAGACAAAUCAAACGGCUGCUGCAUAAUGGACGGGAGGAGGAAAAUGAGGAGUGCGUCUCGGAGAACGAGCUCGCCAUCAACAAGGACUUUACCAUGGAGGAGAACUGCUCUGUCGACUUUGAGCCUGAAAAUGGAAAAGACCUGGAGUACUCCUCCAACCAAGGUGAAGAUGUUGCCUCUCAGGUGGGGGAUGGGAAUGGUGUUGGACGGAAAUACAGGCCACCUCCACUCGAACCCGAGGUCUGGGAUGGACCGAGGGAGCUGGAGGUGAUUCAGAGAGACGGAGAGCGGCGGAUUCACAGUCGACAGCAGCUGCCCGUGGGCAUGACAUGGGGGCCCUUUGAGGGGAAGAUCGUUAUGAACAGGGGCGAUAGUCUUUGUCUGCGGACCCAGAGAGAGGUGCCGCUGGCUCUGGCGGAGGGCUCCAGGUGGCUGCAGGACCUGACUUGGCUUGGAGCGGAGGACAACAAAAACAACUGCGUGGUGUACAGCAAAGGUGGUCAGCUUUGGUGCACAGUGACGAAACACAUCGCGGAUGGCGAGGAGCUGGUGGCUUUCGUGGUGGAUUUCAACUUGCGGCCCCAGACGUUGAGCCACAUGUCCGCGUCAACGGAGGGAAUGUACCCGGCGCGACUCCUGGACAGCAUACCGCUCCUCCCCCAGCAAGCUGCCAUGGCCUCCAUAUUGCCCACCGCCAUCGUCAACAAGGACAUCUUCCCCUGCAAGGCGUGUGGGAUCUGGUACCGGAGCGAGAGGAACCUGCAGGCCCACCUGAUGUACUACUGCAGCGGGCGGCAGGCCAACCCCGAGCCCUCGCUGGAGAAGGGCGAGGGCAGCCCGCACCACGUGCCCACCGUCUGCCCCUUCCCACAAUGCAACAAGACCUGCUCGGGGCCGCGAGCCAUGGAAGCGCACCUGGCUACGCACAGCAGUGUCAAAAUGGAGGAGGCUCUCCCUCCUGGCGCCAGGCUGAAAUGCACAAUCUGCACCUACACGGCGGACUCUCUCAUCGCGUUCCAGCACCACGUCCUCUCUCACCUGUCACAGACGGCCUUCAGAUGCAAUCGCUGCCAUGUCGGCUUCCAGAGCCACGUGGAGCUCGCGCAGCACCAGGAUCUGCACCGGCCCGGCGGCGGCGGCGGGCUCCACAGGGAGGCCGACGGAAAGCUCUCCCCGCGGGCGUGCGAGGAAGGCCCGCGGCGAACGAGGGCCGAGCUGGCGCGCUGCGGGGACGUCCUCCGGCCUCCGAAGAUCGCGCGGGACGAGGAGGUCUGCCCCGGCGCCAAGUCGGAAAGGGCGGAGAAGAUGAGCAAGUUCUCGGGCCAGAAGGAGGACGGCAACCCGGGAGGCAAGGCCGGCUUCCUGUACCCCAGGGUGAAGUCUGAGCCGUCCAGCCCGCGGCCCGCCUCCUCGCCCGUCCAGGCCAGCGUGGGCCCGGCCUUUCCCGUGGGACCCCUCCUGUCUCAGUUCCCCUUCCCCCAGGACAUCUCGAUGGCCCCGCAGGCCUCGGAGAUACUGGCCAAAAUGUCCGAGCUGGUGCACCGCAGACUGCAGCACGGAGCUAACGCCUACCCCCCUCUGAUGUACAGCCCUCUCGUGCCAAAAGGGGCCACAUGCUUCGAAUGCAACAUCACUUUCAAUAAUCUGGACAACUACUUCAUCCACAAAAAGCACUACUGCAACAGCCGCUGGCAGGACUUGGCCAAGUCGCCCACUUACCCCAGCGGCCUAGACAAGGUGACGGGGACCGUAAGCCCGAACGGCAGACUCGGUUCAGUCAGCUUGCUCAAUGGGCCCCAGCUGUCUGAGGCUGACAGUCGUCUCAUACAGUCUGCAGGGUCGAACUCGUCGGCUUCGCACUUGAUCAAUGGGAGCGUCAAAGUGCCUGAUAAGGAGCUCUCAGGGCAGGUAAAAAAAUCCUCCACGCCCCCCGGCGCGGAGGAGAAGCCGAACGGCGUGCGGACGAACUCAAACAGCCCGACCGCCCCCCCCGCGGAAAGCGACGGCGACUCCGGCAAGACGAACUGCGAAGCCUGCAAGAUCACGUUCAGCCGCCAUGAGAACUACAUCGUCCACAAGCAGUACUACUGCGCCUCCCGCCACGACCCUCCUGCCAAGCGCGCGGCCGCCGGGAACAAAAUGGCCGCGCAGAGGACGCUGCGCACACGCAAGCGGAAGAAGCUGUACGAGAUGUGCCUCCCAGACCACGAGCAGAAGCUGGCUCAGGUCAGGUCGCCCGGUUUCCUGAUGCUGCCUGCCUUUGGAAGUCCCUGUGCGUCCCAAGAGUCGGUCGACAGCCCCGAAAACCCGUUCAGUCCGCAGUGCAAUAUGUUUUCGGGAAUGGUCCCGAAACACCUGGAAGCUUCUUUCGCCAUUGCAAAGUCAGCGCUGGUGUCUAAGUGCAAUGCGAUCGAUCAGCAGGAAGUAGCAGAUGCUCCCAUCGAUCUCAGCAAAAAGUGCUCCCCGCAUUCUGACAAAACCUGCAGUUCCCCCAAAAGGCUCAUGGACUACCACGAGUGCAUGGUGUGCAAGAUUGGCUUUAACAAAGUGGAGGAUUACCUAACGCACAAGCAGAACUUCUGCCCUGGAGCCGCUCAGCAGCCUGAAAUUGGCGGCCUGGACCCGGCAGUGUUUCCAGCCGUAAAAUUCGAACGGCAUAGCGAUAAGAGCCCGGCGAAGUGCGAUAAAAACGGAAACUCCAAGCCGGGCGUGCAAAACGGAAACGUUUUCCCCUCCCACUCCGGGACCCUGUCGGCGCUCAGGGCCGCCGGCGAGACUCCGCUCUUCCCCCUGAAAGAGGAGAGCAGGGCCGCGUUCCUGCCCCACUGCUUUUACCCCCAGGCGCUAAAGAAGCUGAAAGGCGCCGACGACAUUCUGCCGUAUUACGGGAUCAAGCCCACCGAUUACGCUAACGGCGGCGCGGGCGAGCAGGGCGCGCGGGACGAGCAGGGCGCGCGGGACGAGCAGCGCCAAAGCGAGGGAGGCGAAGGCGGGAAGGACCGGCUGACGCCCAACGGCUUCGCCCACCCCGGGAAGGAGCUGCUGCCCUUGCUGCCCAACAACAGGAGCCUGGCGGCGAGCGUGAACGGCGUCCACAAACCCGAGGCCGCCCCGCAGCAGGAGAACCUCCCCCACGACCCCCCGCCUCCGGACGGCCGGCCGUCGCCCCCGCGGGACGCAGAGAUUCCCUCGGACUCCAACGAGAACAUUUCCCCGUCCCCGAAAACGCCCGCGCCCGAGGACGCGGCGCCCCCCGCGGCGAAGGGCGCGACGAACGGAACGGCGCCGGCCGCCGGCGGGAACAAAUACUGCCGCGUGUGCGACAUCCAUUUUAGCAGCCUCUCCAACUUCAUCACUCACAAGAAGUUCUACUGCUUGUCGCACGCGGCCGAUCGCGUGAAAUGAACUUCCGCCCCCCUCUGCCUCGGUGCGUCUCACUGUUUUACAUGCUGCUUGUGGACAAUCAAGUUACUGUUAUUUAAAAACAGCGCAAAAUCAUAGGUUAAAAACAAAACUAUUUGUGCCACUUUGCCAUAUUUAUUUAUUUUUAAAUCAGUAUUAAGAGGAGUAGUGAUGUUAAAUUAUAAUUAAAGGUAUAUGAGUUGUUUGUAUUGUUCUUGUGCAACACACAUUGUUUACAUUGUAACGUCAAUUAAACGAUAGACACGGAAUGCAACCGGUAUGCGUUCCGACAAAAACGUAGCUGCAAAAGCACUUGUAUAUUCUUUUUUGCUGUAACUUCUUUUUUUCUUUUGUAUAUGCAUAAAUACAAUUUGUAGCUUGAAUAACUACACAUUUUCUGAAAAUGUUUUUGGGGUAAUGUCUGUGUAAAAAAAAAAUUUUUUUUUCAGCGAAAGCAUUUCUUUUAAGGCUUUGGGUAUGUAUUUAUGUAUGUAUUUGCCCCGUCUUUUUUCUCCAGCGCUAAAAUGACUGUUUUUGUGUGGAUGACAACAUUGUUGUAAAGUACUUAUUUCUGUUCGCCAAUAUUUUGUUCAAGAAAAAAAGGUCUUUUUUAAAAGCAGUAUUAGCUACGUAUAAAUGAAGGACUCAAAUCUGAUUUGUGGCCCUAUGAAAUACAUUUUGAAUAUUGGUCGUUGGUGAACAAUUAGGCAGGAUCGAGGGGAGCAAAAAUGAUUCAUUCAAUAUCCUAAUAAUGGGAAUAAAAAUAUUUCUUGAAAACAUUGUUGCUAUGCAUGUAUAUGGGUGGAAUAAAAUUCCGGAACUGUUGGACAUUUUUAUUUCGAUGUUGUGGCAUAUUAAAUACCAAUCCUCAGGA